CAGUACUGUAAAUAGAUCUAUUGUCUGGCUUGAUGCCUCCGUUAACGAUACACAAGAAUACAUCAAUGCUCAACAGUUACUUCGUACACCAACAAAUCUUUUAAAAACAUAUAGAGACGAUAAAGAAUGUGAAAAGUAUAUUCGAUCUGUAUCCAAAGGACAUCGAAUUAUUGUGAUUGUUGGUGGUCGAUCGGGACAAUUGCUUGUAACUCGUAUUCAUCAACUUAUACAAGUUUCGUCAAUUUUCGUGUAUUGUAUGGAUAAGCGAAAUGAAGAAUGGACUAAAAUCUACAAAAAAGUGAAAGGUGUCAUUGAAGAAAUAAACGAACUUGUAAUCCAGGUUAUAUCAGCUCAAGAAAAGCAAACGACUCGCGAUAGAUUCGAAGAACAACUGUCGAUUAAUGUGUAUCAUACGAAUGGGACCAGAGAAAAAUCGACGACUGAACUCAAUGGUCAGUUUGCCCAUUCACAGUUAUUAAUUGAUUGUUUACUUCGAAUGAGAGCUACUUCAACACAUAAAAAUGAAUUUAUUAAUUAUUGUAAAAAAGAAUAUGCAAAUACUAAUUCUCAAUUAAAUAUUAUUCGUGAGUUUGAAGAAACUUAUUCAGCUGAUCGUGCUUUAACAUGGUAUACACGAGAAUGUUUUCUUUAUCAUUUAUUGAACAAAGCUCUUCGUACACUGGACAUUGAUUUACUUUAUUUACUUGGAUUCUUUAUUCGUGAUCUUCGAGAGCAACUUGAACAAUAUCGAU